UCAAUAUAAGGCUUGAUGCAUUCUGGCAUGCUCAGGGUCUCCAGAGCUCACCUUCGCGUCCCUCAUCAUGCCGGAAUUCAAGGAGCGCGCGCUCGUCACCGACCCCCAGAAGACCUUCCACUUCACCGAUCUGCAGCGGUUGAAGCCCACCCGCGAGAACGAUCCAUACGACUACCAGGCAGGAUGGGGAAACCGACAUCAGUCUGAGGUUAUUCCCGGUACACUGCCCGUUGCGCAGAACAACCCGCAAGAGGUUCGCUUUGGGCUGUACACCGAAGGCAUCACAUACUCCGCAUUCGCUGCCCCGCGGCACUCUAACUUCAGCACAUACAUGUACCGCUGCAGGCCAGCGGCUGCACACAAGGGGUACAUUCCGUUCGAAUCCAAGUCAAAUAUUGAAAACUGUUUCCUUUCGGCGAAUCCAAAGGUGGAGACCCUUGCAGAGCAGGCUGAAUGGCAUCCGUUCCCUCUCCCCAAGGAAGAUGAGAAGAUCGAUUUCGCAGAUGGCCUGCACACGCUGGCAGGCAGCGGCGACCCCAACAUUCGUGAGGGACUUGCUCUCUACGUCUACAUGAUCAACUCCAGCAUGGAGCGGCGAGCCUUCUGCAACACGGACGGCGACUUCCUCAUCUGCGCUCAGCUUGGGAACCUCGACAUCAAGACAGAAAUGGGCAUGAUUUUCCUGCAGCCCGGCGAGAUUUGCGUCAUUCAACGAGGCAUCCGAUUCUGCUUGAACCUGGCCCCAGAUACUGAGGUUGCACGAGGCUAUAUAACCGAAGUGUGGGGAUCCAUGUGGGAGCUCCCCGACCUUGGUCCGCUCGGUGGACAUGGUCUGGCCAAUCCGCGGGACUUCCUGUACCCGGUAGCCGCCAUCGACGAUGAUCUGCAUGUUGACUGGCAGAUUGUGAACAAGACCAACGGCCAGCUGGUUGCCAUUCGGCAGGAUCACAGCCCCUUCGACCUCGUAGCCUGGCACGGCAAUGUCGUCCCCUACAAGUACGAUUUGACCAAGUUUUCCUCACAGAAUAGCACCUCCAUCGACCACACUGAUCCCUCCAUAUUCUGCGUCCUCACUGCAAAGUCUCGUGACCCUGUCACUCCUCUUGCAGACUUCCUUUGGUUCGGCCCUAGGUGGGACGUAGCUACGAACACCUUCCGACUCCCAUACUUCCACCGCAACUCUGCAUCAGAAUUCCUCGCUUGCCUCUACGGAAAUGGCCUGGGCCGGAGUGACGACUUCCAGCCCGGCGGUGGUAGCUUCGAAGGAUGCCACACUCCUCACGGCGGCUUCCACGAGGGAUACCAACAUGGAAUGAGGAUUCACGAGAGCCAGCCUGAGAAGAUCCUGACGGAUCAAUUGACCAUCAUGGUGGAAUCAAGCCGUCUCUUCCUCUGGACUGACUAUGCUCGUAAGGGCUGCGGAACCAUUAGCACCCAUGGCACCGACUAUAAGGUCUGGGAUGCUCUGCCAGAUCGAUUCUCCGCCAACUCCAAGGCAAAGGAGCUUCUCGCUCGCAUCAAGCAAGACAGGAUCGCGGAGAAGAAGCGACUGGCCCCCUAUUACAUCGGCGGCUUCGCGCACGGCGCAAAUGCCAGCGACACGGAGGGCGUGCACUCGAAGGAGCUGAAGCAGUAUCUGACGGCGGAGACCAAUGGCGCGACGAACGGUGUCAAUGGUGCAUGA